AUGAUUACGAAACACGCUCGACAGCCUUAUCACCAACACUGUGAAGAGCCAUUCGUCGAUGCGCAUUCGUUAGAAUGUUUCUUUUCUCUUAAUUCCAGUCGAAUGUUCUCAGUAACCGUACCAAUUGACUGCUUCAUCGACACCAUGACAGCAUCUGCAGCGAAUCUCAUCAUGGACACAGCGCUAGAGGCUUGUGAAGCCUCUUCCUUGAACAAAGCGUAUAGUAUAUGUAUUGAGGUGACCGAGUUGCCGGCCAAAAGUUGCAAACUCAUUGAGUCAAAGGCCUUUUGGGACGAGACGGUCAUAACUCUAUCGUGGAAGCCAAAAUCUGCGGCCACUUUUUCUAUCGUAAUUGCAUCGAACACUGGUUCCAAACUAGCAAGGACCCACAACGAAACUGUUGUCCAAAUUGUCGAGCUGUGCUUUUCGGUGUACCCCUACUCCCAAAUCCCCGAGCCGCUCAAGCUGAAAAAGGUUCUCGAGCUGGACAGGACAUAUACUCACAUGAUCAUGUUGGUGGUUCUCACAGGACCCCUUACUUGGCCGUCCACGAGAUCGCCGAUCCGUGGAACACCGAAUAUUGCCAGCUCUAAACCGGGAGGACGCCUCUUUGGCGACUGA